ACGCCCUCACAAAUUUAGUCAAAAUUAGGACAACAUCUCAUUACCCUCAAAUUUCUCAGAUUGCUAUCGCGAUAUUUCCUUCAGAUCGUUCGAAUUUUGAGCGGAGGAUCUAUUUGUGGGGCACAAUUUUGUAUAUUGUAGAUCGGGGAUUCGCGAAAAGUACACGGAAGGAGCUCACAGACGCAUGUCAAAGGUGUGAGCUCAGGAAAUAAAAAUGGUGAAGUUGACUAUGAUUGCUCGUGUUACUGAUGGCCUUCCGUUGGCAGAAGGAUUGGAUGAUGGGCGUGAUGUCUCCGAUGCAGACUUUUAUAAACAACAAGUGAAGUCUUUGUUCAAAAAUCUAUCAAGGGGUCAUAAUGAGGCGUCAAGGAUGUCUGUCGAAACAGGGCCUUAUAUAUUUCAUUAUAUUAUUGAAGGGCGUGUAUGCUACUUGACAAUGUGCGACCGUGCUUAUCCUAAGAAGCUUGCCUUUCAAUAUCUCGAAGAUCUCAAGAAUGAAUUUGAGCGUACAUAUGGGAAUCAGAUCGAAACUGCUGCAAGACCUUAUGCUUUUAUAAAAUUUGACACAUUUAUACAGAAGACAAAAAAAUUGUACCAGGACACAAGAACUCAACGGAAUAUUUCAAAGUUGAAUGAUGAACUCUAUGAAGUUCACCAGAUAAUGACUCGCAAUGUACAAGAAGUUCUUGGUGUUGGUGAAAAGUUGGACCAGGUCAGCCAGAUGUCCAGUCGCUUAACAUCAGAAUCCCGCAUUUAUGCAGAGAAGGCAAAAGAUUUGAACCGUCAGGCUCUGAUUCGGAAAUGGGCCCCCGUUGCUGUUGUUCUAGGAGUUGUGUUUCUCGUCUUCUGGGUCAAGAGCAAGCUUUAUUGAUCAUUGCCCCAUUUGCUGUUUGAUGAGCUGCUCCGAUCUUGCUAACGUGGUAUUGCAGUUUCUUGGCUCAUUCUAUCAUUUUAUCUUUUGAAACCACUAGAAAAGGGAUCUGCUUCCAAAUUUUUGGCGGAUUUUGGAAACUAAGCAUGUCGGAAAAUAUAGAGAUUUCGUACUAUGAGACGAAUUGAUUUCAAGAUGUCUUAGAAACAUAUAGCUUAUGCUUGUUAUCUUCCUCGGAUGAUUCUGAAAUCGUGCUUUAUUAUCUACACUCGUAUCAGCCUCA